AUGUUGAUGAACCAGCAGAAGUCCACUGCGGAGACACACUUGAAGAUAGACACCAUGUACAACGAUCUGAAUGGGAAAUACGAGGCUGUGUGCACCAUGCCUCUGUCUGAUGCUAUUCAGAUGAUUCCUGCAUUGAAGAAGUACAUGAAGGAGCUGAUAUCUGGGAAAGUAGCUAAGGAGGAAAAUGUCAUGCUAGUGUCAGAGGAGUGUAGCGCUGUGCUGCAAAACAAGGUGAUAAAGAAGAGGAGCGAUCCAGGAAGAUUUGUCUUGUCAGUGCAGAUUGGUCACAUGAUCUUCGCGUGCUCUCUUUGUGAUCUUGGCUCGAGUGUGAACUUGAUGCCAUAUUCUGUAGCCAAGCGAUUGGGAUACACCAAGUUCAAACCCAUCAAAGUCUCUUUGGUUUUCGCUGACAGAUCGACUAAGUUCCCAGUUGGUAUACUUGAGGAUCUCCAUGUGCAGAUAGUGAACACACUCAUCCCAGCAUAA